AUAAUCAUCAAUUUGGCGCAUGUCAUAAUGCUCUAUUGCGAGCGACGAAGGCCACCCGUCCCUUCUUAAAUCCACCUUCAACCUAAAGUCCGAGCAAACAAAUCACUCUCAGCUCGCCGGUGUCAAUCAAGUUCCCACGAGUACCUUUCCAAUGGCCCUAAAGUUGAUACAUUUCCUCUUCAUCUUCUUGCCCUAUCCCUUCUUCUUCCACAAAACCUCUGCCCAAUCUUCGUGGAACCAAAAGCAAAUCCUCGUCAACAUCAAAAACGAUUGGGGAAAUCCUCCUUCACUCAACUCAUGGAACCUCACGGGAGACCACUGCAAAUUCGCCGGAAUCCAUUGCUCCGACGAUGGCUUGGUCGACGGCAUAUUUCUCAGCAAAAGCAACAUCUCCUUCCCCAUCCCUGCUUCCAUCUGCGAUCUCAAAGGUCUCACCUUUCUUAAACUCUCCGAUAAUAGCAUCCCCGGCGAAUUCCCUAUCUUUCUCUACAACUGUUCCAAGUUGCAGGAGCUGGACAUCUCACAAAACUACUUUUCCGGCGAGCUCCCCGCCGACGUCGACAAGAUGCCCAGCAAUCUAACUCAUUUCGUGAUCUCCGGCAACAACUUCGACGGCGAAAUACCACCAGCCAUCGGUCGGAUGCCGUCGAUUAAGACCUUAGAUCUUAGCAAUAAUUUGUUUAUCGGUACGACUCCGCUGGAAGUGGCGAAUCUUUCGAAACUGGAGGCGCUGAUGCUGGCUUACAAUCCCUUUUCACCGGCGAAGAUUUCCCCGGAAAUCGGCAACCUGACUCGUCUUACAUAUCUCUGGAUGUCAAAAAUGAAUCUCUUAGGCGAAAUCCCGAAGAGUUUUGGGAAGCUUGUGAAUUUGGUGCACCUUGAUCUAGCAAGGAAUUCGCUUGUUGGAGAGAUUCCGGCGAGUAUUUGGAUGAUUAAACCGCUGAAAAAUUUCUACUUGUAUGCGAACAAUCUCAGCGGAGAGAUCAGCAGCACAGUCGGCGCCCAUGGGUUGGCCGUGAUCGAUCUUUCAAAGAACGAACUCACCGGCUCAAUACCAGAAGCCUUUGGGGAAUUGCGGAACCUCACGAUUCUCUUCUUGGAGUUCAACAAUCUUUCCGGCGAAAUUCCUGCGAGUAUUGCACGGCUACCAAAGCUGAUUGAUAUACGUCUCUUCAAUAACAGGCUUCAAGGUGUUCUGCCACCGGAAAUGGGGAAGUACUCCCGGCUGUGGAACUUCGAGGUGGACGACAAUAUGUUCACCGGCGAGCUGCCGCAGCAUCUCUGCGACGGAAAGGCGCUGACUUCUUUAAUUGUCUUCAACAACCAGCUCAUCGGUAAGCUUCCGAAGUCUUUGGGAAGCUGCGACACGUUGCUUAAUUUUCAGAUACAGAACAAUCGGUUUACCGGCGAGUUUCCCGCCGGAAUUUGGUCGGCGGUAAACCUAACUCUUGUUAUAACAACCCAAAACGCUCUCACUGGAACUCUACCCGACAAACUUCCCUGGAAUCUAACCAGACUCGAGAUCCAAAACAACCAGUUUUCCGGCAAGCUCCCAUCUUCCGCCGGAGGGCUUUUGGUCUUCCUUGCCGACGAUAACAAGUUGUCCGGCGAGAUUCCGGCGAGCUUCUUUGCGAUGGCGCUACUUCAACGACUGUCUCUUAGCGGAAAUCAGCUCUCCGGGGAGAUCCCCUCUGAAAUUGGGUCUUUGAAGCAUCUCGCCUUCCUGAAUCUCAGCAACAACCAGCUCUCCGGUCAGAUACCUGUUACAAUGGGAUCCAUGCUACUCAACACCCUCGACCUCUCAAAAAACCAACUUUCCGGCGAGAUCCCUUCCACUCUCGGCUCCAUAAAGUUCAUCUCUUUAAACCUCUCCUUCAACGAUCUCACCGGCCAGAUCCCUCUCCCGUUACAAAACCAAGCUUACGAACAGAGCUUCCUUGCCAAUCCAAACCUAUGCGCUUUCCACUCCAUCUUCAGCAUCAAAAACUGUAAUAACCGAUCAAAGAAACCCUCCCUCAUCCUUCUCACUCUCUUCUCCAUCCUCGGCGCCCUCAUUUUCUCCUGUGCGUUCUUCCUCUGUUUUCUCAUAACCAGAGAACGCCGCCAGCGUAGAAAAGCUGGCACCUUUUCAUCAGACUGGAAACUUACCUCUUUCCAAGCAAUCAAUUUCGAUGAAUCUGCUAUCCUCAACAGCCUUACCGGCGACAACCUCAUCGGAAUCGGUGGCGGCGGUAAAGUCUACCGCGUUUCUCUCAUCGGCGACACGAUCGCCGUCAAGAAGAUCCACAACACUGCCAGACUUGAUUCCAUUAUCGAAAAGCAAUUUCAAGCUGAAGUUGAGAUCCUUAGCUCCAUCCGCCAUGAAAACAUAGUUAAACUUCUCUGCUGCAUCUCCGGCCAGAAUUUAAAACUCCUCGUCUACGAAUACUUACAGAAUGGCAGCCUUGAUAGGAGGCUUCACCGCAGAUUGCGAGGUGACGCGGCGCCGCUUGACUGGCGAACUAGGCUGCAAAUCGCCAUUGGAGCUGCUAAAGGACUCUGUUACAUGCACCACGAUUGCUUCCCGCCGUUCGUUCACCGUGAUGUGAAAUCAAGCAACAUACUUCUUGACCCCGAAUAUCACGCCAAGAUUGCAGAUUUCGGGCUUGCGAAGAUUUUAGAGAGGGCAGGGGAGCCGGAGAGCGUGUCGGCGGUGGCUGGUUCGUUUGGGUACAUGGCGCCGGAGUGUACUAGUCUGAAGAAAGUUAAUGAGAAGGUGGAUGUUUAUAGUUUUGGGGUGGUGCUUUUGGAGUUGGUGACGGGGAUGGAAGCAGGGGAUGGAGGGGAAGAGGAAGAUGAGAACUUGACUGACUGGGCGUGGAGGAGGUAUAGGGAGAAUGGGGUAGCGGUGGACCAAGAGAUCGCCGGAGUUUCGCCGGAGUGGGUGAGGGAGGCGGAGUUGAUGUUUAAGAUAGGGAUUAUGUGCACUGUAGAUGAUCCCGGAAAAAGGCCGACGAUGAAGGAUGUGGUGCAGAUGUUGAUGAAGCUCUAUCGCGGCAGUGGUAUCGGCGGCGGCGGGGUAGGGAAACCGCUGUUGGAAAGCAGGAUUAAGACGGGGAGUAGGAGGAAGCAGGUUGUGGAUAUUGCGGAUGAUAGUGAUGAUAGUGUGCUUAGUCAAAAUGCCGGACUUCUAUCUCUGUAGACAAUAAGCUUGACUUUCUUCUUAGGUUUGAUCCAAUAAAUUGAUAGUGCUGUCCAAUCGGGUGUUCGAGU